AUGAGCCGCCAGUUCAGUUCUCAGUCUGCAUUUAGCUCUAGGAGCAGGAGGGUCUAUAGCACCAGGUCCUCAUCAGGCUUUGGAGGUGGGAGACAGAUUCUGGUGUCUGUGGGUCAGUCGAGGAGGUGUGGAGGUGAUUAUGGUGGUGGGUUCAGUUCCAGGAGUCUCUACAGUCUGGGUGGUAGUAAAAGCAUCUUUGGGGGCCUAGUGGGGCGAAGUGCCAGUGGUUUCUGCCAGAGUAGAGGGGCAGGAGGAGGAUUUGGAGGAGGUUUGGGGGGGGGAAGAAGCUUCGGUGGAGGUGGCUGGGGUGGCUAUGGUGGAGGUGGCAGAUUUGGAGGUGGUUUUGGGGGCGGAUUUGGCACUAGCAAUUUUGGGCUUGGUGGCUUUGGUCCUUCUUAUCCUCCUGGGGGCAUCCAUGAGGUGACUGUUAACCAGAGUCUCCUGGAGCCCCUUCACCUAGAAGUGGAUCCUGAAAUUCAGAAGAUCAAGACCCAGGAGAGGGAGCAGAUCAAGACUCUCAACAACAAGUUUGCCUCCUUCAUCGACAAGGUGCGCUUCCUGGAGCAGCAGAACCAGGUGCUGCAGACCAAAUGGGAGCUGCUGCAGCAGGUGAACACGUCGACUCGGACCAGUAGCCUGGAGCCCAUCUUUGAGGAGUUCAUCAAUCAGCUGCAGAGGCAGGUGGAUGUUCUGGCCAGUGAGCAGAUGCGCCAGAACUCAGAGAUCAGGAGCAUGCAGGAUAUCGUGGAGGACUACAAGAACAAGUAUGAGGAUGAGAUCAACAAACGGACCAAUUCAGAGAAUGACUUUGUUGUUUUGAAAAAGGAUGUGGAUGCUGCUUUCAUGGCCAAAUCAGACUUGCAGUCCAGAGUGGACACGCUGUAUGGGGAGAUCAACUUCCUGAAAUACCUAUUUGAUACGGAGCUGUCCCAGAUACAAACCCAUGUCAGUGAUACCAAUGUCAUCUUGUCAAUGGAUAAUAACCGCUCUUUGGACUUGGACAGCAUCAUCGAUGCAGUGCGCACCCAAUAUGAAUUAAUUGCACAGAAGAGCAAAGACGAGGCUGAGGCACUGUACCAAACCAAGUACCAAGAGCUGCAGAUCACAGCUGGCAAACAUGGAGAUGACCUGAAGAAUAGCAAGAUGGAGAUCUCAGAGCUUAACCGCAACGCUCAGAGGCUGCAGGCAGAGAUCGCCAACAUCAAGAAGCAGAUCGAACAGAUGCAUGGAUCCAUUUCGGAUGCAGAGGAGAGGGGAGAAAGGGCUCUCCAGGACGCCAAGCAGAAGCUGCAAGAAACGGAAGAGGCCUUGCAGCAGAUGAAAGAGGACCUGGCCAGGCUGCUGAGAGAUUACCAGGCCCUGCUGGGUGCCAAGCUGUCCUUGGAUGUGGAGAUCGCCACCUACCGCGAGCUUUUGGAGGGCGAGGAGAGCAGGAUGUCGGGAGCUCUGCAGAGUCAAGUGAGCAUCUCGGUGCAGAGUAGCCAGGUGACCAUUGGCGGCGGCGGCGGCUCAGGAGGUUAUGGCGGCGGCAGUUCGCGAGGAGGCGGUGGUGGCGGCAGCUCCCGCGGAGGUGGAGGAGGAACAGGCUCCCGCGGGGGCGGCGGCAGCGGAGGAGGCGGGAGCUAUGGCUCCAGCAGCAGAAGCAGCAGCAAAUACAGCGGCGGUGGCAGCUCCUCCCGCACGCAGAUACUGCAGACCUCCACCCACACCUCGCGCAGGCACGUGGUGGAGUAGCAGCCGGGCCCCUGCACUUCUAGGGUCUUCUCCCCCAAUCCCUCCCGGACUCCCUCGCCUAUCUUUUCCCAAUGGGUCCCAGCAAGUUUCUAGGUGACUCAGACUCUAGGAAGAGACAGACACAUGCUCACUCAGUCAUCCCUCCGCUGGUCUUGCUACUGUCCUGAUCCUCAGGGGCUUUGUCCAGCAACGAAGGAAAUGAUCUUGGUGAACGACUUCACUGAGAUCCUCAGUCCCAGGUCCCCGUUCCUAAACUGGGCUGCUAGUAAAUAAUAACCCACCCCGCGGCGGCCUACUGCAAUCACUAUUCCAAGGCAAGUUUACUUAGUGAGGGGGAUGUCUGAGCCAAGAGCCUUCGGGGCCACUCAUGCUCUUUCACCAUGACAGCAUGGGUAGGCUUGUUGUUCUGAUUCGGUACCUGUAGGCCAUGCCUGUGCUGAACUGUGUUAUCCCCUGGUUAACAGUCCCACCGGGAUAUUUCAGUUGGUAUGGGGACUUAAGUCCUUGUCAGAGGAAGACUGUCCUUAGCAGUGGGUGGGGAUAGGAUAGGGUAGUCAAUCAAGUUCUGUUCCUGUCCUCUCCCUUUCCAGCAGCCCCUUGCAUUUAGAGCCAUCCCCUUCCUGAAUCCCACUCCAAAAGGCUCUGCUGAGAACAUGGGCACCUGCAGGGCAGCCCCGCUCCAUGCAAGUGUCUGGGCCUGGGGAAUGAGAGUUGCAGCCUUACGCCAAUCUGGAAAUGGCCUGGGUAUUUGCAAACAAGCCAAGACUCGUUUUCAGACCUCCUUUGUCCCUUGUGUUCUGAUUCUGAGCACCUUGUCAGACUUUGUCUCCUAAUUUAAAAUUUAAUUUACAGUUCUAUGAAAAAUACUUGAGCUGUGCUGAGGGGGCAGGAAGAGGAAAGUGCCAGCCAAUGAACAGUCACGAGAGAGGGAAUGCUCCUUUGCUUCCUGUUCUGAGGACCCUUUCACUUGCUUGCCUAGUCCCUACAACCGCUGAGUCUAUAAUUCUGUCCGGGAGAGCUUCUCCGCAGGUGCUGCUGGGUAAUGCUUGUGACCUCAUUUCCUGGUUGGAAGCUUAACUCUGAAGGGCUUGGCAGUUCUGUUUUUUUUUUCUACAAUAAAUUUCUCUUGUGAUCUCCGUA